AUGAGUAUUGAGUACCUGCCCUGUUCCAGGCAUGUGAUCAGUACUAAGGACUCUAAUACCUUUAACCAAACUUACCAGGCAACCCCAGCUAUUGAUAAAUUUUGCUUUUUUUAUGCCUUGAAUGUUUAAAAGUCACUAUCUGAAGCAAAUUCUCAGACUGAACUACUUCUUGGAUGUCACUGGAAGAAUUUUUCACUUAAUGUCUCAUUUAUGAUGGCUUUUCCAGCUACUCAUUUCUGA